CUCGCCGCGCCCGCCCGCCCGCCGCCCGCUCCGGCGCCGCAGUCCGGGAGCCUGCCACCCCCGCGCGCGCCGGAGCCUGCCGCCCGCGAACUGCUCCCCGAGUCCUCCCGGCAGCUGCGGGUCCAAGCCCCCGGCUCCCGCCCCCAGCCCGGGCCCGCCUCCCGGGCCGCCCUCCGACCGGCCGGGCCGGCGCAGGCCCCCACCCCGGGAGCACCAUGUUCCCCCGCCCGCUGACCCCCCUGGCGGCCCCAAAUGGCGCCGAGCCCCUGGGCCGGGCGCUGAGGCGGGCCCCGCUGGGCAGGGCCCGGGCCGGGAUGGGGGGGCCGCCCCUGCUGCUGCCGUCCAUGCUGAUGUUCGCGGUGAUCGUGGCCUCCAGCGGGCUGCUGCUCAUGAUCGAGCGGGGCAUCCUGGCCGAGAUGAAGCCCCUUCCUCUGCACCCUCCCAACCGCGAGGGCGCGGCCUGGCGCCGGGCCCUCCCCAGGCCUGGGGGGCUGUCCCUGGAGGCCGGGGACCCGGACUUGCAGGUGAGGCAGGACGUCCGGAACCGGACCCUGCGGGCCGUGUGCGGACAACCGGGCAUGCCCCGGGACCCUUGGGACUUGCCCGUGGGGCAGCGGCGCACCCUACUGCGCCACAUCCUCGUGAGUGACCGCUACCGCUUCCUCUACUGCUACGUCCCCAAGGUGGCCUGCUCGAACUGGAAGCGGGUGCUGAAGGUGCUGGCGGGCGUCCUGGACAACGUGGACGUGCGCCUCAAGAUGGACCACCGCAAUGACCUGGUGUUCCUGGCAGACCUGCGGCCCGAGGAGAUUCGCUACCGCUUACAGCACUACUUCAAGUUCCUGUUUGUGCGGAACCCCUUGGAGCGCCUUCUGUCUGCCUACCGCAACAAGUUUGGCGAAAUCCGAGAGUACCAGCAGCGCUACGGGGCUGAGAUCGUGAGGCGGUACAGGGCAGGCGCGGGGCCCAGCCCUGCCGGGGACGAUGUCACCUUCCCCGAAUUCCUGAGAUACCUGGUGGACGAGGACCCUGAGCGGAUGAAUGAGCACUGGAUGCCGGUGUACCACCUGUGCCAGCCUUGUGCGGUGCACUAUGACUUUGUAGGCUCCUAUGAGAGGCUGGAGGCUGAUGCCAACCAGGUGCUGGAGUGGGUGCGGGCACCACCCCACGUACGAUUCCCCGCGCGCCAGGCCUGGUACCGGCCCGCCAGCCCCGAGAGCCUGCACUACCACUUGUGCAGCGCCCCGCGGGCCCUCCUGCAGGAUGUGCUGCCGAAGUAUAUCCUAGACUUCUCCCUCUUUGCCUACCCGCUGCCUAACGUCACCAGGGAGGCCUGUCACCAGUGACCGUGGGUAUGGGCCGGCGGCUGUUGGGGACUGGUGUUCACAAUGCCAGCUACCUGCCAUUUAGAGAAACCCUAGCCCUGGGGACUUGGGGCUUCUCCAGAUGCCUGGAUGGCCAGCACUGCCCUCAGAAGUUCCUUGUCCAGGGUGGGUGCCCACAGUGGCUCAGAGUACAGGGUUGGUUGGACAGGAAGCCUGGUGCUCCCCACCAGGGGGAUUUCUUAGGGGCCAUGUGACCUUUCUUGCCCUGGCCGGGGCUAGACACCAGUUUGCCAGCGAAGCAACACAUCUGUUCUAAAGACUGGCUCCGGGCCCCUGGUUGCAGGGACCGUGCCGUCCACUUGAUCUACCUUAACCUGCGGCCAAACCUAGAGGUGACACCAGUCAGGAGAAUGACCAGAGCCAGGGAUCCUGGGCUCUAAUCACCCAUUCAUCUACUCCCCGUGCCUCAGGCUGCAGUCAGCAUUCGUGCCUUACAAAUGACUUUUGUGCCUUUCUGCUUCAGACUCAGAAUUUCCUGCACUUUCCAGAUUCUUUCUGGUUUUCCAAGGAAAGGAAAACUGAGUCAGGGCCUUUGCCUGGUAGCUCCAGGACUUGGCCCUGCACACAUCCAAAGAGCCCUGUGCCCAGCCUUCCUGGGGGGCUCUGGGCACCUCCUCCCUUGCCCCAGGGUUGUGACUGUGGCUGGUGGAUCUGGCUGCCUCUUUUCUGACUCAUUUAUUUAAAAUUUGUACUUUUUGAUAGAAUGCUUGUGAGGGCUUUGUUUUUCAGAUUGCUGAAUUUUUAAUAAAGUUGUUUUGUA